AUGUUUAAAUUGAGGUUUUUUAUGGCCACAAGAUCAGGCAAAUUUACCAUCAAAUACAAGGGCCAUUGGGCACAAUUGGCCAAAAACAUUUUUAGAAAACGAGACAGUUCACCCACCUCAGCAGCUGCCACCCAUCGCCACGCUAGUAACGGCCACAUCCAUGUACGGGCGGAGAGCGUUGUUAUUCAGGGAUUCAGGGAAAGUUUUGGCGGCAGGUGGUGUAUGGGCGCAUUCACCCCACACAUGAUACCCCUAGCGGAGAUGCGUGCCGUUUAUCUCGCAUUACACGGUUUUAAAAUACGUCUGAUUGACUGGCCCCUCGGAUAUUCGCAUAGUCACAGCCGUGGGGGGCGAAAGCCAAGGCCGUAG